CUGCUUUGUCAAUGUAAACAGCCUUUGCCUCUAGACUGCUGCUGCAGGCCUGCUUGUGUGAAGAGGACUUUGUAAAGAAACAACAAAGGGAGCCUUUGGGCUUAUUAGCCCAAUGGACUGAUCCAUACAUAUAUGUAUUUAGCUGCUGGCAUGUUAAACCCCGCAUUGCACUGUGACAACAUAUUGGGAGUCAUACAUCACUCUCUUUACUUUUCGGACGUCCCUCGAUGUCAUUGGGCAGCGCCCCUUACUUCCAACAUCUCUGCCACGUCAUACACAAGGGCUCGUGCGCGCGUGCGGAAACAGCUGCUGAAAACACCCACGCUGGUCCCCUCAAGGAUGUAGCCCAACCUCUUGCACAACUUGUAGAGCUGCCUGCUUGUCACUGUUCGUUCCCCGAGUCUAGGACUUCAGCCGGACUAUCUCUUCUGGCGUGUGUGGUUGUUUUUUUUAUACUGGUAAGUUGUUAAGCUCGUUAACGAUAGCUAGUUAGCUGCGGGGCCUGGCUGGUGACGGUCAUGUUAAAUGUGAAGUUACAGCACCGACGCUAACGUUAGCUGGAAUGGUUCAUUCGCUUGUGUGACGGUGGCCUCAUUUAGUCAUUAGACGGAACACCCGAUAGUAGUAAGACGCUAAUAUUGCGGUUAUAUGUAUCUGAGGCUUUACAGCGCGCUACUUAAUUAACGUGGACUAUAGCAACUACAGUACUUAGACACAUCAUUGUAUGCUAACGUUAGCUAGCCACAACAAGACUGUCUGCCAUUAUUUAAUGAACUUGGUCAACGCUAGCAUUUUGGUGAAUUAUAAAACGGGUGAAGUCACUGUCAUUUAACAAGACCAUUGACAAACACGUGCUGUUAUUUAGUGAUUAGGGAAUAAGAGCAGAAGUGUAAAAGACUUGUGUCGCUGCCAUGGAAACGAGAGUUAUGACGCGUGUAUUUCUAGACGAAGACUACCCCCCACCAACUAUUGUAAGAGGACGUGAAGGACCCAUUUGAAGGAUUGUUCAGCUUCUUAACGGCCAACUGGAUUAUCAACCACUGAAUCACAGCAGUAAAGUCCUGGAGACUUCUGUUACCAAGUGAAACUAUUUGUCAGGUCAAAGUUCUGUGUGACCAAUCCAGGCUGACCCCACACCCAUGUUGACUCAUUGUGCCGAUGCAGUAUUUUAGAUGGGCUAUAAAAUACCUGUGUCUUUAGUGUGUCAUGGUAUCUGUACUUUGCAUACAGGCAUGUCUGUGUGUGUGGAUUUACCGGUUUGUGUGUGUGUGUUUGUUUUCUAAGCAGAUUGUGAAAUGCUGCUAAACGAGACUCCCCUGUUUGAGCCCUCGCUGCUUCAGGAGCUAGACUGGAGUAGCAACACUCUCUCCUUCUCCCCCCCCAUUUCCCCGUCCAGUCCGGGGGAAGGCCUGGUGCUCAGGCCGCUUUGUACAGCAGACUUCAACAGGGGAUUCUUCAAGGUUUUAUCGCAACUCACUCAGACGGGCGAUGUCACACCAGAGCAGUUCACGAAGAAGUUUGAGCAUAUGAAGAAGACAGGAGACUACUACAUAGUUGUGGUGGAGGACACAAACCUGGGACAGAUUGUUGCCACGGCCACAUUGAUCACGGAACACAAAUUCAUCCACUCCUGUGCGCAGAGAGGCCGGGUGGAGGAGGUGGUAGUUAGUGACACGUGCAGAGGGAAACAGCUGGGCAAACUGUUGGUUUCAGCUCUCACUCUUCUCAGCAAAAAACUGAAUUGCUACAAAAUCACACUGGAAUGCGCACCCAACAAUGUGGCUUUCUACCAAAAGUUUGGAUACACCUCCUCACACGAGACUUACAUGCAGUGUCGAUUCUCCAACUGAGGACGACAGCAGCUUUAAACUUCAUUUUGGGCGCGUUGAACCACACACACCUUUUUAUACACCCGCUGACAUCAAAGCUUGCAUGGACAAAUUGUCUUAAGACUGGCUACCUCAUCAUUGUAGAGCUGUCAUCAUCCUCCCCCACCAUCCGAAGAAAGAAACGUCAGUCUUAUUGUGCUACAUUACUUGUGAGAAAAUGUCUGUGUACUAAAUUACAUUUGCUUCUAACCUGCAACUGUCAGAAUUUAAGCAAUUGUAUUUACUAUUUCUGAAGCAGCUAAAUAACUAAUUAUUAAAGGCUUCUCGAGUUCACUAAUCAGAGUAUGCUAUUGGUUUAAUCAUGUUUCAAACUUAUUCUCACAGGUCUGUUUCAUUGAUAAUCAAGGGCAAGUCACCAAAGAAAAGUAUUGUUUCUUUAAAUGUGAAGUUAUUACUUUGGGUUUUACUGGGGUUUCAUAUUUCUAUUUGGUACAAAGUGCUUUACAUAAUUUUUUUCUUUGACAGCAGUGUUGCUGAUUAACUAUAAUGAAGGUUUGAAUACUGCGACAUGAAUUACUACCAAGACUUGUUUACAAUGUAUAAUAUUUAUAGCGAACAAGUGUAUAUUGUGAGGCAGAGCUGAACAUUUAGGUACUUAAAGUUUUGUAUUGGUCGGUAUUUGAAAUUAGUGAAACAUUUUGCGAGGGGGAAAUGGCUCAAAAUAACUUUGUACAUGAACUAUUUAAGUUUUAUAAUUGUUAUUCUGGAGAACAGGGGAAUAUAUUUAAUGUAAUUUAUUUCCAACUAUGUAAGAUACAUAAAACAUUCUACAAUCUG